UGGUAAAACUCGGCCCGCCGUCACGUCAUCUUGGGAAGUGUAGUUCCACCUUCCUCCAGAUCUAGGGGCGUGGGCGACUUGGAACUGCAUUUCCCAGCAGGCUGCGCUCACCGUUAGAGUAGCCGGACCACGGGCUGGUGGGGUGAAGCCCUCAUCCUGGGUCUUUUAAUUUCUCAGGCGGAACGAGUGGCGGCGGACAGAGGCCUUUGGCGGCGCUGUCUGUGGGUUUUCUGGGCUUGAGGAACUGGGUACGGAGACCGCGGCGCCGGCCGCCGGUCACCCAGCUCUGCUUCCAGUCGUGGGGCAAAAAGCUGAGGCGCUUCUCCUUUAAUUGCGGUGGGCGGGGCGUGCCGACGCGGCCCGCGUUGCUAUUGGUGGCCGUUGGGGGCGCGGAAACUGAACUGGCCGCAACGGCCACCGCCGCUGCCUUCGGCGCCGCCAGCCUGGCCAUGGCUGCGCCCUGCGCGGUAAGCCCAGCCGACUGCAGCUCCCCAGGCCUCAGUCUACCCGCUGGGACACUGGGCGCCUAGUGGCCAGAGCGAUGGCUUCGAGGGGCGGGUGGGGCGCCAGGUUCCAGGGUAGUUCUCUUCAGGUCCAGUUUACCGUCUGUGCUGGGUCGGGCACUUUUUGAGCCCCUCCUGCGUGCCAGGCCCUGCGCUGGGUUUCUGGAGCGAACAAACAGGCCUCUGCCUCCAUCGUUUGCAUCCUAGCGAGGGACACACGACCAAGUCCUGACUCAUGUGUGACCUGGGGCUGGUAUCGGGCCUCUGUAGCCAUUUUCCCCGUCCUUAGCAGUGGGUGGCUGCGUGGGGUCUUGUUGAGGGUACACCCUGCUCCAGCAGGGGGGUACAGCAGGACGCUGGGAUGCCCAGGCUUGCAGUGUGAGCCGGGUGGAGUGUCCCUCUCUGAGUCCACGUUCCUCCAGAGGUCCUCAUUUCGAGAGAUUCCUUUGAACGGGCCUGGCCUUCUGGCUGAUAGGAGAGUCAGGGAGGGUAGGUGGUAGCCUGUGAUGCCCUGAGGCACUUGAGGAUGUGGACGGAGAGUCCAGGCUAGGAUACCGACCUUUUGACUCCUAAUCUGGUACUCUACCUCCCUUCCUGUCCCCCGUGUGUAAACCACUGUUGAGGGAGAUGAGGCCCACAUGCAGGGAACUACAGAGGGGAGGCGGUGUUGAGAGAUAUCAGGGGACCUGCUGGUCAGAGGUGGACCUGAACUUGCCUCUGCCCACUGAGCCUGGAGGUGGACACUCUCUUACCCAUGUUCUUUCAAGAAGCUCAGGAGGACCCCUCGCUGGAAAGGCAUUUUAAGGGCCACCGAGAUGCAGUUACCUGUGUGGACUUCAGUAUCAACACAAAGCAACUGGCCAGUGGCUCCAUGGACUCAUGCCUCAUGGUCUGGCACAUGAAGCCGCAGUCACGCGCCUACCGCUUCACUGGCCACAAGGAUGCCAUCACCUGUGUGAACUUCUCUCCUUCGGGACACCUGCUUGCUUCUGGCUCCCGAGACAAGACUGUCCGCAUCUGGGUACCCAAUGUCAAAGGUGAGUCAACUGCGUUUCGUGCACACACAGCCACAGUGAGGAGUGUCCACUUCUGCAGUGAUGGCCAGUCCUUCGUGACAGCCUCUGACGACAAGACAGUCAAAGUGUGGGCAACUCAUCGUCAGAAAUUCCUGUUCUCCCUGAGCCAGCACAUCAACUGGGUCCGCUGUGCCAAGUUCUCCCCCGACGGGCGACUCAUCGUGUCUGCCAGUGAUGACAAGACUGUUAAGCUCUGGGACAAGAACAGCCGGGAAUGCGUCCACUCGUAUUGCGAGCAUGGCGGCUUUGUCACCUACGUGGACUUCCACCCCAGUGGAACGUGCAUUGCCGCUGCCGGCAUGGACAACACAGUGAAGGUGUGGGAUGUGCGGACUCACCGGCUGUUGCAGCAUUAUCAGUUGCACAGUGCUGCAGUGAACGGGCUCUCUUUCCACCCGUCGGGAAACUACCUGAUCACGGCCUCCAGUGACUCGACCCUGAAGAUCCUGGACCUGAUGGAGGGCCGGCUGCUCUACACGCUCCACGGGCAUCAGGGACCAGCCACCACUGUUGCCUUUUCAAGAACGGGGGAGUAUUUUGCUUCUGGAGGCUCUGAUGAACAAGUGAUGGUUUGGAAGAGUAACUUUGAUAUUAUUGAUCAUGGAGAAGUCAUGAAAGUGUCGAGGCCCCCAGCCACACUGGCCAGCUCCACGGGGAAUCUGCCAGAAGUGGACUUCCCUGGCCCCCCAGGCAGAGGCAGGAGUGUGGAGUCUGUGCAGAGCCAGCCCCAGGAGCCCGUGAGCGUGCCCCAGACACUGACCAGCACGCUGGAGCACAUUGUGGGCCAGCUGGAUGUCCUCACUCAGACAGUCUCCAUCCUGGAGCAGCGGUUGACACUGACAGAGGACAAGCUGAAGCAGUGUCUGGAGAACCAGCAGCUAAUCAUGCAGAGAGCAACACCAUGAUCAGGGGAGCAAGAAUCAGGAGCUCGGUUGAUUUGCGGGUGGCAGGCCAGGGAUUUGUACCGUGGGACUUGGGUAAAUAAAGGGAACUGGACUCUGUGGGAAUCACAUCCAUACCGGAGCCCUGGAUUUUUGCAGUUCUGCCGUCCACCUUGCUGUCUGCACCAGGAGGCUCUCCACCUGGCAGCCAGAGGUCCCCAGUGGGCCGGGCUCACACACAAAUGAUGCUUCAGACCCGACUGAGAGGACCACAUUUUCCUUAAUGUAAAGGAGCCACUUGAAAAUGCCUGCUCCCUGGGGGUCCCGAGACUGUGGUCCCCCUCUGGAGGAGGUGGCCCCACGAUGCCUUGAUGUUCACUCAUCAUUUGGACACGUGAUUGGCUUUUGCCACCCCUGCCAUGGCGUAGAAAUUGACUGCACAUUGAUUGGAUGAGCCGGGGGUUUUCUCUCAAUCUGACUAAAGGCCCAAAGUGGGCCCAUCUGAGUCAGGUUUGUCGGGAACAAGCCCUCUCGAGUGGGUGGUGGCUUUCAGUGGCCCUGAUUUCUGUUCCACACGUGUUCACUGGAGCCAGGUGGCUUCCUCCUCCUCGUGUGAGUGAGAGCACAGGAAUCUCAAAAUUAAACGUGACUUCAUUGCACUUGUUGCAGGAGUGGCUUA